AUGAAGCGUCUCGGAACGGCUGUGACCAUCACCGACCCACUUGUAAAGUACAAUGCCCUUCUUGCAACCGGCACCUUUCACCCCGACCCCGCGCAGCACCGCCUGGCUCAUCACCUGCAAAAGCUCUACGUCCGGCUGAAAGACUACCAGCCGUCCACAGAGUACCGGACAAAGCUCCGACAGAUAACCGAGUCUAUCGGCGGUGCCAGGGAAAAUGAGACGGACCGGCUGGCAGUCAGAAGCCAUCCCAUCAGGCGCAACCCUCUUUUCGCCAAGUUCUUCAGGUCGACCGAGGGACCACGAGACAGUCUGUCCCUCACACGUAUUCUGACGAGCCAUGAGGCUGCCGUCGAUAUCGACUCUCCCAAAGGGCUAUUCCUCUCAGGCGAGGUCGGCACUGGGAAGUCCAUGUUAUUAGACCUCCUGGCAGAUGGUGGCCUGGUCCGCAAUUUAUUCGGCAUGGGCGCUCAGAAGCAAAGAGGAGAGCUGUUUGGGAGCACGAGCGAUUUUGCCGCCUUCUUGGAGGUCUUGAAGGCGAGAUGCGACUUCUGGCAUAUGGAAGGUGCCCAGGACUGGCGGCGGCGAGACAUACAAGAGCACCUUGGCCUACACCAGAAAGCAAACACAGCGCCUGGGUCUACAGCUUCCCCCUCCACCGUGGAAAGUCCGGACUCGGAUCUUUUACUCAUCCGUGAUGAGAUUGGUGACUCAACAACACCACGAAAAUACGCACUCACGAUAGACAGCUCCGAAAGUUGGAAUCAGAUGGUACUAGAGACUGUCAACAACCCGCUCCUUUCAUCAAUACCCUGGGAGCCGGCAACUUUGGUUGUGUAUGGAAGGCUCGUCAAUGUACCCAGACACUACCAAGGUUUUACACACUGGGAUUUCAAUGAAUUGGUACACAAGUUUGGACCGGCUGAUUAUGUCACACUGGCCUCAAACUACCACACAUGGGUCAUCGACAACGUGCCCGUGCUACCGGUGUCCAUGAAGAAUGAAGCACGACGCUUCAUUACACUCCUGGAUGCGCUGUACGAGGCUCGUUGUAAGGUUCUUAUUCGAGCCGAAGUCGGUCCCGACAAUCUCUUCUUCCCAGAACAACAUCGGCGUCAGCCCUCAAAAUCCGGACUCACUACCAUGACCCGCUCCUCUUCGACUGCGAAAACCACCACCAGCAGCAGCACCACCGAGGAAGGCGAACACGAGGACGCGACCUAUUCUGAAACUAUCUCUGAAGUCUAUCAAGACUCUGCUGCCCCCUUCAGGCCCAAUAUAUCCAGUUAUAACGACGGUCCAUCUCCUUCUGCCAACAAAACUUCCAGUAUCCAUGCCGAGAUUGACUCAGAUUUCGGUGUCCUCGGACAGAAGGUCGACUUCGUGAACACAUCUGCAUUCACAGGAGAGGAUGAGCGAUUUGCUUACAAACGAGCGGCAAGUCGGCUGUGGGAACUCUGCAGUGCAUCCUGGCAUGGCCGUCUUGGACCUCCUGAGGCGUGGUGGCAGCCUGUGCCCGCUGAGGCGCGGCACUGGGAGAGCAAAGAACCGACAAAACCCCUGGACAUGAGCUACGCGGCGCAGAGCAAGACACCGGGGGAUGUUGCUUGGGUCUCACAAUGCGAGGCCGCAUUCCCAAACCUGACCUGGUCUAUCCAGGACGUCGUCUCACAGGGGCCUUUCACCCUCACCCCGAAAUCAGCACCGGUACUGGGACGCAUCAAAUCUGGCCAGCUGCACAUCCUCAAGUCCCAGCGCAAGAAUGAGCUCUCGGGGGAGAUGCUCAACUCCCGCACCGCAUCGCUGCACCAGAUCCACCGCGCCCUGCUGACCGCGCCACCGUCAGAGCCCGCCCCGGACACGGUCUUCGCGCUGAACUUCCAGGACCAACCCUUCGGCACGGCCUGGGCCUACUCGAGACAGGCGGACCCGAACUCCCGGCCGGGCUUCGACGACGGCAACGCCAACGCGCGGACGUUCCUGAUGCCGCACUUCUCCUUCUGGGCGUGGAAACUCCCCUUCAUCGGGUCCAUGGGCAGGGCGGCCGAGGCCAUCGCGCACAUCGAGACCGAGCUCAACCCAACCUUCGCGUCCAAGACCCCGAAGGCGGUCUGGCGCGGCACGACGUGGUUCAACAGUGUGCACAACCCGCGGCUUCGCGCCAACCUGCUCGCGGCGGCCAAGGACAGGCCCUGGGCGGACGUCGAGGCGCUGGCGUGGGACGGCGGCAAGGACGCCAACGGCGAGCGGACGGCCAGCAACGGCCUCCCGAUCGAGGACUUCUGCAGGUACAGGUACAUCCUGCACACGGAGGGCGUCACGUACAGCGGGCGGUUCCAGUUCCUGCAGAUGUGCGCGAGCGUGGUCAUCACGCCGCCCAUCGGCUGGAUGCAGCACGCCACGCACCUGGUGAGGCCGGUGUUCUCGAGCGCCCUGCCCGGGCUGGAGGGAUCGUGGGAGGCGGGGCCGAUGACGAGCAGGUCGUGGGGCGAGGGCUACGGCCCCGAGGAGGCCAACAUCGUGUUUGUGAAGCCGGACUGGUCGGACCUCGACGACGUGAUCGGCUGGCUCGAGGGCCACCCGGACGUGGCGGAGGGCAUCGCGCGGCGGCAGCGGAGUUUGUUCGCGGAUGGGGGCUACUUCAGCCCUGCUGCUGAGGCGUGCUACUGGCGCGCGCUGAUCAGGGGGUGGAGCGAGGUCGUGCUGGUUGUUGAGGGCGAGCUGGAGGAGAUCGGGCCGGGACAGACUUUUGAGUCCUUUGUGCUAACUAAUGGGGACUGA